GCCCAUUAAACGUCGUCAGACGAGUGACGUGUGAUUUUCUGGAAAUCAGUCAAAUGUGGAUUGUGUACAGGUAUAUUGUUACACGAUGCUCGAGGUUUGUCUGUACUGAAGAAAGGAAAUAGGAUAUCAUCGUACUGCAUCACAUAUUUCUCGGCGACAGAACUAGGUGCUAUCAGUCCCAGGGAGAGUGAGAGGAGUGUUGGGUGCACUAUGAGUGGGGCAGCGCUGGGAAUAGAGAUUGUGGGGGUCUUUUUCCUGGCUCUGUUCCUCCUGCAUCGCUAUGGCGACUUCAGAAAGCAGCAGCGCAUGGUUCUUUUUGGCACACUGCUGGCUUGGUAUUUGUGCUUUCUCAUCGUCUUCAUUCUUCCCCUGGAUGUCAGCACGACAAUCUACAAACAGUGCAUAAUUGAUCAUGAAGUACAUGCUCAGACACCCACUGUGAGCCCUGUCACUUCAAACCAGACAACUGGAAAUACCUCUGUAUCACCCAGUAAAAGCACCCCACAUGUGUGCUAUAAACCAUGGAGUUACAUUCCAAAUGGCAUCAUGCCAGUGUUCUGGAGGGUUGUGUACUGGACCUCACAGUGUCUUACUUGGCUUCUCCUGCCAUUCAUGCAGUCCUAUGCUCGCUCUGGGGGUUUUUCCAUCAUGGGGAAAAUCAAGACAGCCCUCAUUGAGAAUGCCAUCUAUUAUGGCACAUACCUUUUCAUCUUUGGCUCGCUUCUCAUUUAUGUAGCUGUGCAUCCUCAGUGGCACCUUUCCUGGUAUGAGCUGCAGACCAUCGGUAUCACUGCGGCCAACACAUGGGGUCUGUUUCUUUUAGUGUUGCUGUUGGGUUAUGGCCUGGUUGAGAUCCCCCGCUCAUACUGGGAGGCCUCGCGCCAGGGUCACCUUCUCAUCAAGACUUACUUCAAGGUGGCCAAGCUCAUGACUGAGAAGGCGGAUGCAGAGGAGAAUCUGGAGGAUGUGAUGGAGGAGGUUAGAAAAAUCAAUGAGUCAAUCAAAUACAACCAUCCCUUGAGGAAGAAUGUAGACACUAUUCUGCGAAAGUGCCCUGUUGAAUAUCAAGAAAAGAUGGGAAGGAACAUUGAUGACUACGAGGAUUUUGAUGAUAAACAAAACACAUACCCCUCUGAAAGAAGCCUUUCAAAACUACACAAGCAGGUGAUCUACGCUGUUCAGAGACACAAUCGCACACGUGUUCAAUGGCAGAUCUUGCUGGAACAGGCUUUUCACUUGGAGGACGUUGCCAAAAAUGAAACCAGCUCCUCUCGGCAGUUUGUUCACAGCUUUGCUUCUCCAGAACCUGUAGGCUGGUUCAGACGCUACAUCUAUACGCCUACAGUAGAGUGGUACUGGGAGUGUUUGCUGAAACAGUGGUUUUUCCGUGUGCUGGCUGUGGUUCUGGCUCUCUUUUCUGUGGCUGUGGUUUGGUCGGAAUGCACCUUUUUCAGUACUCGCCCCGUUCUUUCGCUCUUUGCUGUGUUUAUUCAGCUUGCUGAGAGAGAUUAUAACUACCUGUACAUUGAGAUGGCGUGCUUCAUCACCAUCUUUUUCCUCUGCACCUGCGUCUACUCAACUGUGUUCCGCAUCCGAGUCUUCAACUACUACUACCUAGCUUCACAUCACCAAACCGACGCUUACAGCCUUCAGUUCAGCGGCAUGCUUUUCUGCCGCUUGACUCCCCCUCUUUGUCUAAACUUCCUGGGAUUGAUUCACAUGGAUUCUGCCAUAUCUCACCAGGCAAAGGAGCAAACUGCAUAUACCUCUAUCAUGGGUUCGAUGCGGGUGCUGUCCUUCAUUGCUAACGGCUUCUACAUCUAUUACCCAAUGCUGAUAGUUAUCCUCUGCAUCGCUACAUAUUUCAGUCUCGGCACACGUUGCCUGAACCUCCUGGGCUUCCAGCAGUUCAUGGGAGACAAUGAAAUUACCUCUGACCUGAUUGAUGAGGGCAGGGAGCUCCUCCGCAGAGAAAGAAGAAAACGUCAAAGAAUAGAAGAUGGGGAGAACAGGCGAAGAGAGUGGAAAGAGCGUUAUGCUCAGCGAGAUGAUAUUGCUUCUAGAAACCAGGCCUCAAUGUCUGAGAUGAAGGAAACUAACUAUGCUGAAACUCUGAAUUCAAACACAAACCGGCAGGCCAAGUACUCUCGUAGUGGAAGCCAGUCAGGGAGGGACAGCAUUGAGCUACUACAAGAUGCUGAGCCCUUGGACUUUAACCCUGAAACACUAACUGAUGACCCUUUGGAAUCGGGCAGUGGCAGACGUGCCAGUGGAAGGUAUCUCUCAAUGUCGUCAUCUCGAAGCCGUAUCUUUGAUGAUGUUUAAAGUAAAGGGUGAAGCAUUUUCAUUCUUUUCAAUCAAAUAACACUGUCUCUACAAGAAAAUAAUUGUCUAAUAUUCUGCAUUUUACCUCUAAAAACACUCAACAGGUUUGGUCUAUUUGACCUUCUCAUUUUAAACAUAUUCUGCUUCCUGUAUCCUGUAAUGCAGUGUAGUUACUUGCAUGUUUCCUGAUUACAACGUAAGCAUGCAGACACAUAGAAAACACACAUGCACAUUCAUUUUGAGGUGCCAGGCAGUCAAACUGCUGCAUAUGACAAAGGGAAAUGUCUUUGCCUACUGUUUCUUUACUCUGUUUCAAGAAAUGAGUCAAAGUUAAUGUGAAGUUGAACAGUCAGAGCACUGAACAUAAGGUGUUUUACAGUUGAAUGAGUACUACAGACUGGAAGGAGUUGACCUGAGACACUGUUACAUCAUUUACUACUGAUGGGUUCAGGUACUGAAAUGUACCUGAGCAUUUAAAUCAGCCAAGUAAAUAUGAAUUGACGUGAUUGUGGCCAAUUUGUGUUAGUUGUAUGUGUGAAUAGAGAUUUUAUUUUUAGGUCUACAUAUAGGCUGUUUUACAAAAUAUAAUGUAGGUUUUUUGUAUGUUAUUGUUAUUAUUAUUAUUAGUUGUUAUAUGCUCUGGCAUAGCAUUUGGGAGACUGUAAAACUGCACUGAUCGAAUGCAGUUAAAAUUACUCUAAAAUGUACCAUUUUAAAGUGUUAUGGCUUUCCUGUAGAUGAUUAGUUUAAGGGACAAAUAUUAUUGUCUUUGGAAAAGAAGCAAUUUUGUCUUUAAAGAAAUCUCAAUUUUUUAUUAUUAUUAUUUUAAUUGAUUGCUUCUUUUGUUAAAAGGAUAGUUCACCCUAAAAUGAAGAUUCUGACAUUAUUUACUCAGUCAUGUUGUUCCAAUUCCCUAUGACUUUCAUUCUUCUUUGGAACACAAAAAGAGGUGUUAGGCAGUAUGUAAUGACUGACACUCACUCGCAUCUUUUUUCCAAUCAAUUCAAGUGAACGGUGACUAAGUCUGUUAGACUGCUAAACAUCUUUUCGUGUUCUACAAAAAAAGAAAGCAAUAUGGGUUUGAAGCACAAUGAUGGUGAGUAAAUGACAACAGAAUGUUUUUAGAUUAACUAUUCCUUUAAUGUGCUUGAUAAGCUCGGGGCCGAAUGAGUCACCACGUUCGAAGUGAAGCUCAUUUUAACAUUCCAUCCAUACAAACUGUUCUUGUAUCAUGUAUUUUAUGAAUGAAUCUAAUAUUUAUUUUCACAAAUGUUUAACUUGGUUAGUAAAGCUGUAUUAUUAUGUCUUUUGGUUUGCACACAUUGAACAACUGAACUGUUCAUAUUUAAAAAAAGAAAAAAAAAAAAGGGUUCUGGGAAGGGCACCAUUCCAAAAUUAACUGCCAGGUGCAUGAAUGGAGGAUGUGUAAUCUUGAAUUAUUAUCAGCCCUUUAUUGGUUCUAUGACUUUGGUACAGUGUUAAUCAUCACCUGUUCAUUUGCUUGUUUCACAUGGCUGUUACUCUGUUGACUAAGCGACCUCGCACAACUCUUUGCAAUGAAGUUGGGUUACCUUAGGGUGUUUUCACAUCUAGUUUGUUUGAGCACUCCAAGUGCUCUCAGAGCAGUAUAACGUGUAUAUGUGAACAACCCAUGUGGUCUCAGACCCCACUAAAAGAACCUGGUCUGAUUACGGUUCGUUUGUGGGUGCUUUUGUGGUUUGAUUGAUUUGUGCGACGUGAAAGCGAAGAGGUACCAUUCCACUUUGCGUUUUAUGACAUAAGUAUCUCGUGGCUUGCCAUACAUAGCUGCAUUAAAUACUUCAUAGUCCAGUCACAAUUUACUGUCCACAUAUGGGAAUUUUAAGCAAAUAUAGACAUACCAUGAUUACCAUAAUGUGUUUUUGUGUCUCAUAUUCUGUUCUUGUAUUAUUUGAGCACCUAAAAUGAACGGACUGGCUGCUUUAAGAUGAACCGCUUUAAAGUGCUCUGAUGGGUAUACCGUCUACAGAGGUUCACACCAAACACCCACGAAAAUACAAGUGAGGAUUUUUAUAGUUUCCCUUUCAUUUUAUUUACACACAAUUUAAAAGACAUGCAGGAGGAGAUGCUUGCUUGCUCCAUUACUCUCGAGAUCAUAGAUAAAGAAACAUAUUUUCAAAUGCACAUAGAAUUUCAAAUGUUUUCCUUCAUGUGAAAUAAGGGUAACAUAAUGUGAGAGAGUGAAGAAUUUAGGACAGAAAUACAGUAUACAUUAUUACUAUUGCAUAAUGUAAUAUAAUUGGCGGUGUUGUCUGGGUUUCAUAAAUGAUUUAACAUAUAAAAUAUUACUUUUUAUGUAAUUCUAUCCCUGUGCAAUAAUUUUUCAUUAAAAAUUAUAUAUUUUUUUAAAGCCUUAAAAGUAAUCACAUAACCCCAUUUUAAAUUAUUUCAAGUUAAAUAUCAAUAAAUUGCCACUUAAGGUGUUGGCCUAUCUGUAAUAAGCAUACGUGAACCUUAAGAAGUAUGACAAUUUGUAUGACAAUUGCAUAUCAUAAUAAUCACAAUUAUUUAUGAAAAAAUACUGUCUGCCAAUUUUCAAAAUCGUAACAGCCCUAGCUGCAACGGGGUCUGAGUUAUUAAGGAGCUGUGGUGUGAAAAACAAGGGGUCUGAGACCACAAUAAUGUGAAGAGGACCAAAAAAGAAACUGGGUCCUCUUUUAAGUCCACUUACAUUGUGAACACCAAAAGCACUGAGGUCAUUUGCAGCUGGUUCCCUUUAACGGAACUGGGUUUGGUUCACUUAAAAUGUACUAUAUGUGAAAUCACCCUUAGUUAAGUGGAAAUAAUGUGAAAUGAAUGUUUGACAGGCCAUUUAUACUUUGCACGGUUACAUUUUUUCACUUUUCAAAAUGGUAAAUCCAUGAUGCUGGUAAUGUACACUUAAAAACAUGUUCUGUUUGUUUGAAAAUGUCUGAUGCCAUUUGGAUUAGAGAAGGUUUUAAAGAUCUUUAAACUCUUAAAGACAUAUUCUUAAUGCCAAUCACACCUACAUGAAUACAUAAUCAUAUUUAAUACAAGAGUGUGGUUUUCUUGUAGAAAUAUGUGGCGUAUAAAAUUGUCAAUUGAAUAUUUAACAACUACGUAACACUUAGAAGACAUGAUUAUAAAGCGCAAGACAAUUUUUGACAAUUUCAGGUGAUCUAAUACUUGAAAUUCUCCUUGUGUUACACACAUAGAAUAAUCUAAUAUAUCUGAUGUAAAUUACUGCAUGGUAUUCUAUUGAAUAUGCCGAGAAGUUUUAUUCUUGUUUUUUAAAGGAAGUGCAGUCGCAGAUGUAAGUAAUGUUAAAUUUCACUACUAUAAAUAUCAUGUAAAAAUAAA